CAGUGCUGGAUGUUCCCUUUCGUUUCGUUCUUCGUACAAGCUUUUACACGGUUGUGAAGCUGGAGUGGGAAAUUGAUAUCCAGCAGUGGAUGUCUAUUGGUUGACAGCGUACCCAUUUGUUGAUUGUUUACAUCUGCUUUACGAGAGUAGUAAAAUUUUAUUAUUAUUUUUCUUGACACUUGGCUUAUUUCAAUAAGAAAUUUCUGUUGCCAACACCAGAAAAGAAAUGGGCGUGUCUUAACUGAAUCAUCGCCAAUAUUUUGUUGUUUACCACGCGUUAACCAUGCCUCAAUCAAGGUGGCAUCUAACUUGAUUGAUUGGGAAUGUCCCAAGAAUGGUCAUUAAAUAAUUGCCCCUUAUAGUAAAUAAUGCAUUUGUCAAUUAACACUCGUCUACUGUUUCAUAAGUAGGUAUGUUACGUUUAUUUAAACAGUAUUUGAUUUGAACACUUUAAUGACACUAGUGAUAACCUCGUUCUACAUAUUUUUUUAAAGUCUUGCUAAAUAGAGCACAAUUUAUUUACAGUAUUUUAUUAAAACGCAUAUUCAAUUCAAUGUUGAGCACGAUGAAGUAUUUCGCUUAAGACGUUAAAUCACUCCUCAAAUAUAAUAGAAUUACCAACUUUCUGUAUUCAUUUGUGAAGUAUUAUAACAACUUUGAAUGAAUUCAUAAUUUAUAAUAGAUACCUGGAUGAAAUCCAACGGAAUGUGUUCGCGAUAUAGCGCGUUACAGCGUGACGCUUGUAUGUGGACUGUGGAGCUCCCCGAUGCUCGUCACAUCACUCACCGCAAACAUCGAUAUCUUCGCGUCCGUUUGGAUUACGCCGGGCGGCGGGGGUGCUUUGUAGUGGUGACCGCAGUCGCUUGUACCGAGACGCCCGCGCAUGGCCGCCUGCCGAGGUCGCCCCGAAGCCGUGUCUAUGCUUCAUCAUUUAGGUCAUUAUACUGAUUCGCGUGUACUCCUUAUCGCGCUCCUAUUAUCGUAUUAAGCCUAUUUCGGUCGUCCAUCGAUCGGUUUUGCCGCCUCUAAAGAACGCAGUCUUGAAUUUUAUGAGUAACGAGUGUGAGCCGACCGCGCGCGUGUCGCUCGUCGGAUGACAUCAGUUAAGCUACUCGUACCACGUCCGCUGGAAACAAUACGCGUUCAGUGCAAACGGCGUGUCCGAGUCGAGCACACGAGGACCUUGAUGGAGGACAAACGGUGUGCGACCUGUGAAGCUCUAGGGCGGCGCAGUCUCUCCAGCAAGCUGCUGCAGGUGGCGAUGGCGCAAGCGCAUAUGAAGACUUGCUCUCACCAUGCGCCGCCCGUAGGUGCAGACCACGUUCACGACUCCGAUCUCGCAUCUCGAGCUCUGGCUGCGAAACGACGAAAGUCAAUAGCGGGACUCAAGUUGAGCUUACCACCGGAAAUGUAUCAAAAGACUUCGUCAUCCGAGCAAGUUCGAUCCAAUAAUACUCGCAGAAACACUUGGUGCUCGUAA